AUGGUCGUGAUAGAGCGAAAAGUAAUGAUCUGCGGCCAAACUGGCAGCGGAAAGUCUUUUGUGAACAACAAGCUCACGCUUCUGCCGGUACCAAAGACUUCGCAACAGGAAGAAGAUCCGAACUAUGGCGUGAUCUCUCGCAGCGACUUCGACUCUUGCUCCACCAAGGUGCUAACAAAGCGUUCAAGAAACCCCGUCAAGUACUACCUCAAUUCGAGAGGGGAUGAAGGCCAGAUGACGCUCUAUGUGACAGACACGCCAGGAGUGCCCGACACGAUGGGCAGAUCGGUCAAUUUUCUGAACGAGGUCAUGUCCUUCGCAAGGGAAAACCGUCCGCACGGGGUAGUUUGGGUCGUUGAUGCCGUUGGCAGGUUUGGCAAUGACAUGGAGCUGGCGCUCCAGGCCGCUAAAGAGUGCUGGAAUGGGCAGCUCACUGAGUCCAAGCUCCACGUCUUCGUGAAUAGGGUGCCUGACGAAUUUUCGCUUGCAAAUGAUGGAGAGGAAGAGGAGGACAUCGAGCAGGUCCAGGCGAAAAAGGUUGAUGCAGCUGUGCGUUACGUGGUGAAGUGCUUGCUGGGCGAAGACAAAGUGGAGGGCUUCCGGAAUUAUUCAUGGAACCUUGUCGGCAGUCACGAAGGAAUAAAGACACUCAAGCUUGCUAUUGCGAAGUUCGACACCCCCCUGACAGACCAGCAGGCUGGCAGCAUACGCACCUGGGACGAGCUCAACACAUACUACGAGGACUUGGAAACGGGUGCGAUAAGUGCAAAGGAAUUCCAGGAGCAACAGCUCGCCGCAAAAGAGUCUGAGAAGCAAUGCCUCGAGAAGGACAUGACGUGGCAUGAAAAUCGCAUUAACGACCUGAGCACAGCAUCGGUUGCGACACUGACAACUGGCGCUACGCUAGCCUUUUUCACGUUCGGGAUUUCCGGGAUGUGCGCUGCAGCGGCAACUGGAGGUAUGCUGGCCGCGAUUUUAUCUUCCCAGUCUUCAGUUGAGCGCAUUAGCGGGGACAUCGAAGCAGUUGACGGGGAGAUCCAACGGUUGCGGGGUGACCACGAGAAGGAGUUGGAAAAAGAGAAGCGGUGCAUGGCUUUGAGGGAGCAUUUCAAAGAGUUGCAGAUCCGCAUCAGCUCUAAGUGCGGCCCGCAAGGGCAGCCCAAAGCGACCCAGCCGCAGCCCAAAGCGACCCAGCCAGAGCCCAAAGCGCCCACAGCGACCCAGCAGCCGACGGCCCAGCUCCAACGGCGUUCGCUGCCCAAGGCAAAGCCCCAGUCCUGGCUGAUGUCCGUUCUCAAAAAGUGGGCAUGCUGCACUGCCAUUUGA